AUGUCAAAUAUAAAUAUUUCGGACAUCAAAUUUUCACAACAAAAAGGGCACAUAGCCGCGGAAAACGGACCCAGAUUUUUUAUGUUACCUUCAUUUAAAACCGAGCUAUGCAAUCCCGGAUUUUGGAGAGGAGCUUUAGGAGAAUGCGUUGGUACAAUGAUGCUAACUUUCGUAUUAUGCGCUACUUGGAUAAGCUGGGAACCGAUUGAAACCGAUAUUGUUAAGAUAUCAUUAUCGGCUGGCUUUAUAUACACAGCUUUAAUAUAUUCAUUUGGUCCUAUAAGUGGGGGGCAUUUGAAUCCAAUUUUGUCUUUUAGUUUUUUGAUUACUCGAAAGAUUACUGUCUUCAGAGGCUUCAUAUAUGUAAUAGCUCAAUGCACUGGAUCAACUUGUGGAGCCUUAUUGCUUUUCGCUUGUGUGCCGCAUGAUAUUCGUAAAAAUUUGGGAGUCAACAUGAUGAACGCUGCAUUAUUGCCUAAACAUGGUUUUGGGUUCGAAUCGGCUCUAACCUUUAUAUUGGUCUUUAUGGCUUUGUCAACUCUUGAUGCGAAAUCGGAAAUUCCUGGGUGCAAAUCUAUAAGCCUUGGUUUAACCUAUAGUGCCCUCCAUUUUGCGGGACUUACCUUUUCUGGUGCAAGUUUUAACCCUGCAAGAUCCUUAGGUCCAGCUUUAGUUAUAUUUUAUUGGAGAAAUCAUUGGAUUUAUUGGGUUGGUCCAUUUUUCGGUUCCGCUAUGGCUUCCCUCUUUUAUUACGUUAUUUUUGAUCCCUACAACCCAAUUAACGCUUACAGGAUUAUGAAUGGCAAUUAA